AUGACAUCGAGGCUAGGUGAAUCGGGCAGUCGGCCAUUGUUUGCAAAGGUUGCUGCCAUGCACUCUCGUACUGAACCAGUGCUCUCCGAAACGCAGAAUUAUAAUGAAAGUGCUCGGUCAGACAGCCGUCCGUUGAACCAAUUCAACAUAGAAUCCAGCACUCUCCCGGCCCAAGAUGUCCAAAGCCCAGGUUCACAGACAGCGGCGUCGAUUAAAGGUGGAGAUGACCUGAUCGAAACCUUGGAUAGUCUUCAUCUCUCAAAGGAAAAAGAGGGAAAACCUACGCCAGAACCCGCUGGCGAUAUCCAAGAGGAUGGGCAGCCACGAACGGACAGUUUGUUCGAUGAUGACCAAACUCAUCUCUCUAAUUCAUCCACGAAACCUGCCAGCUUCGAUUCCAAAAGCAUGGCUUCUGUCACUACAUUUGCCAUGGAUGAAAAGGAGUCCCUACGACCUGACGACAGCGCGAGUGUUCAAGCUGUAGAAGAAGAUGAAUAUCUUGGCCCGGCUGCAGACGCGCUUAGCUCUCAGGUCAAUUCAAACCUGGCCGUGUCAAGCCGUGGCGCAGAUCGCAAAAAUCACUUACUUCGAGAGCCCGAACUGUUAAAAAAAGAUGCUCUGCGACUCAAUGAAGAUGCUCUACGAAGAAAUGGGGUUCUUCCCGUGGAGAAUAUGCCGGUAACAGGGAGCGAGCGGAACCUUCACGGAUUCCCGAGUGAGCCAGAUGAAAAACUCAUGGAGGCCAUGAGCUCGCCUAAGGACCGUCUUCUAUUACUUCAACUAGAAGAAAAGAUUGUGUCAUUCAUCAAAAAUUCAAGCGAGGGGUCACUGGAGCUACCUCCGUGCAACUCGUUUGGACGCCUACUUGCUCAUAAACUGGGCGACUACUACCACCUAACGCAUUUUGUAGAUAACAACGUCACUUCUGUCAGGCUUCAUCGAACGCCAUGGAGCAGGCUGCCAACCCCAUUGACGAUGUUACAUCCAGCUAAUACAAACACGCCGCCACCGAGUGCUCCAGCAAUGAAGAUUAUGCGCCGACUAGGGCAACCUGGAGAGAAAAACUCCGCGGGAAGUACAGCUCCAAGUUCGGCUGUUCCUUCAAAAACUGCUUCGGAAUCUGGAGUGGAUGGGGCCAACGAUGAGGAUCGGAAUGGUGGCACAUCAUCGACGGGAGCUACACCCUCGAAAGAUCGUGCUAAUCUAACCCGAGAAGAGCGUGAAGCUAAGUAUCAGGAAGCACGAGAGCGAAUAUUUAGGGACUUCCCUGAGUCAAAAUCGACCGAGGGUGCCGGUAGUGGAGAGCAUAGCGCCGACAUCUCUAGGUCAAGCUCAAGAACUGGGCGGAAGAAACCCUCAAAACCGAGGUCUCCAAAGGAUGAUGGUUUUGAAGCAAGAUCACAAUUCAACGCUUAUUAUACAACUCCUCCGCUCUCAGGCGGACCGGCAAUUUAUCACAAUUCCCCGCAUAACGGGAGCGUUAAUUCUCAGAAUUACUACGUGGUAGCUCAGAAUUCACCCGGUAUUGGGGUAAACUACCCUCCAAUGAAUCCGACUGGGCCAAUGUACACACCACCCGGAGGUAUGAAUGGAAUGCUCGCAUACUCUGGAACACAAUCGCACCCAAGCCAGAAUAACUGGCAGAAUGGCCACCCAGCCCAGAUUCCAGGAUAUACCCAAUACCAGCAUGCUACCCAGGUUUCACCUAUGAUGUCUCAACGUGCUUCCACCGUACCGUCUCCUAGAGCACCUACUUACUCAACGUCGAACGCUCCCCAAUAUUCGCAACCAACUCCAACAUGGGCACCAGCCCCUUUCCAGCCCGGAUUCUCUCCCCAGUCUAUGGCACGGUCACCUCCUGUCCACUGGCCCGCUAUGCCUCCCAACGCGAUGGCAGCCGGUCAAACUCCUUACGCACAGGGUUUAGCGUCCGCUCAGCCGUUUAUGCCCAAUAAAUCCUCUCAUCCUGCCCCUGGUAGCUUUUCUCGUACACGGUUCAGCCCUCAAAGCCGAUCAUUUGCUCCAGCUGGGAAUUCGCAUGCAGUCUAUUUUGAGAAUAACACUCAGCCCUCUCAAUACGCGAGCACUCAAUUCAACAACGUUUCCCGACACAAUUCCAGAGACACAUCGAAGCCCGGACUAAAUCCAUCGCCUCCUUCACUACACUAUAAAUAUAAAGGACCCCUUUCCAAUGCAGUGGGCCAGCAACCAGCAUACGGGCGGCAAACCGACGCUCAAGAUUCAAUUGCUAAAUGGGGUACUCCAUCCCACCUACCCCCAAAACCACCGCCUCCAGAAGCCCCGUAUCACCAUGAUUCAAUGAACCGCCCUGCUGUCGUCACUUCCCCACUUGCAUCUAACUUCACGCCAUCCGAUACAAAAUCCGCUCCAUUUGUGGUGUCCGGGUCAUCUAGCAACGAGAAAACUCAGCCUCAUGGCAAUACAUCUACCGGAUAA